GUAAAUGAGAAACAUUUAUAGCAUUUUAGUGGUAGUAAUAUUUAAAUAUGGGUAAUACUGAAAGUAAUGUUACUAGUGGUGUUAAGAAGCAAGCGGGAACUCCGCAGCAGAGGUUGUAUAAACUCGUUGAUAUUAAAGGUGGUGGUCUCUUAGUAGACAUGAUGAAGCGAGCCCUGCAAAACAAGCAGUACGCAGAAAUAGACCAUGCGAUAAAGACGAAGGUUGAACCCUUUCUGUACAACAAGGGCAAGGGCCGAUAUAUACCCAUAUCGCAUCUUGUAUUGCUCAGGAACAAGGAGAGACCGAGGCAUAAGUUGCUACCACCGUUGCGGAGUAUGGAGAACCCAGAUGAAGAGUUUGACGUGGAGAAAGACUGGCCCCUGGUCACUCAAGAGGAAUAUGACGCCAACCCGUCUGCUUACAGGGAACUUUGUUGGGACCUUAAGGAGAGAGGAGCCGUAGGGGAAACAAUCCUACACCUAUGUUUGCUCAACGCAUCCUCCCUUUUAGCUAAUCUGGCAAAACGUUUGCUGCGGUUCUAUCCCAAACUUAUCAACGACGUCUACAUGGCUGACGAGUAUUGUGGUGAGAGUGUACUCCACAUAACCAUAGUUAACGAAGACCCAACGAUGGCGAAGUUUCUACUGGAUGCCGGCGCGAACUAUCACGAGCGUUGCUUUGGCAACUUCAUGUGCCCUGAGGAUCAGAAGGCUUCUAGAACUGACUCCUUUGACCAUGAGUGGGUCAAUGUUCAGCCGGAGACUAACUAUAACGGUUACGUGUACUGGGGAGAAUAUCCUCUCAGCUUCGCAGCAUGCCUUGGCCAGGAGGAGUGCUACCGACUCAUUCUCGCUCGCGGAGCUGACCCUGACAAGCAGGACACUAAUGGCAACACCGUGCUUCACAUGCUUGUCAUUUAUGAGAAGAUGGAAACAUUCGACAUGGCGUUCGAAGUGGGAGCUUCUUUGAACAUUCGCAACGUUUUGAACCUUACGCCUCUUACAUUAGCGGCGAAGUUGGCUCGCACAGAGAUGUUCUUCCACAUCCUGAACAUUGAGCGGGAGAUCUAUUGGCAGAUAGGGGCUACCACAUGUGCAGCAUAUCCUCUGGGACAGGUCGAUACUAUUGAUACAGAAACUGGGUGCAUUUGCAAGGAUUCUGCAUUGAACCUGGUCGUGUUUGGGGAGAAAGACGAACACUUAGGCCUCUUGGAAGGUAUGUUGAUUGACCUCCUGAAAACCAAAUGGAACACUUUCGUGAAGUUCCGCUUUUACCGUCAGUUCAUCCUCUUCUCGUGUUAUUUCCUGAUCUCUCUGGUUUGCUUUACGCUGAGGCCGGGACCUCCGGACAGGGCACUCAAUGCUACUGCAUUGAACGCCACUGUCGGUCCUCUUAAUGAUACGGAUCUUGUCAUAGAAGUUGAGAACUGUACUCUACCGCUAAAUGGCUCGGAUUUUGAUCCUGGGGCCGUGGAGAUAAUUAAUGGAAGUAAGCCCGAUGGACCUCAGUGUGCUCGCUUCAAAAGCCACUCUAAAGACAAGGAUAAAGACAAACGGCCAAGAGAAUCAGAUAUGGAAGGCUGGUGGGAAGAUCUCACUGAAGACUGUAGGUUGAUGAACUUCGAUACUUGGCAAGCAAAAGUGAGAAUAACAGCAGAGUUACUGCUAUGGGUUGGUGCACUGGCGUAUGUAGGAGCUGCCUUAAGAGAAGCCCGGUUUCUGGGUAUCAAAAUGUUUAUCGAAAACUUAAGCACUGUUCCGUCACGUGUGAUGUUCCUCUUAUCCUGUAUCCUGAUGCUGGUACUGCCAACGCUUCGUCUGUGGUGCGCGGAAGAGGAGGAAGACCAUCUGGCAGUCAUCAUCAUGCUCACCACUGCACCUUACUUCUUGUUCUUUUGCAGAGGCUUCAAGACCGUGGGGCCAUUCGUGGUGAUGAUCUACAGAAUGGUGAUGGGUGAUCUACUGCGGUUCGUCUGCAUUUAUUUAGUUUUCGUCAUGGGCUUCUCACAAGCAUACUACAUAAUAUUCUUGUCGUUCGACAAUCCAAAUACCCCCGAAGGCGUGGACGACUCAGUGUCGAACCCCAUGCCAUCUCCCAUGGAGAGCAUCAUGGCGAUGUUCCUGAUGUCACUCACUUCUUUCUCCGACUACUACGGCGCCUUCGACCGAACUGAUCAUGAGAUCGAGGCUAAGCUUCUGUUCGUGGUAUACAUGAUAAUCGUGGCUAUACUGCUGGUGAACAUGUUGAUCGCCAUGAUGGGGAACACGUACCAGAAGAUAGCGGAGACGAGGAAUGAGUGGCAGCGUCAGUGGGCCAGGAUUGUGCUGGUGGUGGAAAGAGGGGUGCCACCGGCGCAAAGGCUUAAGAACCUAUUGGCUUACAGCCAGCCGAUGGCUAAUGGGAAGAGAGCACUGGUACUAAGGAUUAAUCAGAAGGAUGAAGAUAAAGAAGAGAUGAAGGAGAUCUUAGAAAUGAAGCGCACUCACGAGCGUAUUGUGGCGAAGAGAAAACAACGCGAGGCGCAAAUGGCAGCCGGCAAGGGACACCUUAUGCCGCCGACUCCAGCCAGGGACUAUCCACUCACUAAAUAAGGAAUAAUGCAAAUACCAGAAAAAUAUUAACUGCUGCAUAAUAGGGUUUAAUAAAGUAAAUAAACGCUUAUUUAUUUAUU